AUUAUUGAGUCUGUUUGCCUCUUAUAACAGGGUGAUUUUUAAAGUGUUUUGGGCAUCUUACAACUGAAGUAUUGUUUGCAGACCAUAAUACCAUAGAAUAAGAUAACAGGAGUAGUUAUCGUCAAGGUCCUAAAGCUGCAUCCUCCCACAUCAAGAUGUUUGUGUGACCACAUGAGCCUUCAAACCUAUUGUUUAUAAUCCCCUAUUCAUUGUCAACCCAACUGGAACAUUUGACAUUUAAUUAAUCUUAUAUAAUUCUUCAAUUUCUGGUUCUCAGCAGACAUGAUUUGAGAAACAUUCGAGUUCUCAAAUUGUUUGACUUCAAAACCUUGAUCAUUGCUUACCAUUAACAACGCAUUUUUCUAAUGACCUUGUACUGCGCCGUAUGAACUCACGUGCUCGCCGUAGUUGUUGGUGUCCGCUAUCUAGUUAGCUUGCCCUCUUCGCAGUGGUAAGCGCUGUAAAAUGUUCUUUCUACCUGUUUGUGUUGAAUUAUAAAAAUGUCUGCGAAAGCAACAGGAACCAGAGGGUUUUAUUUCAAUACUGUCUUGUCCUUGGCGCGCUCUUUGGCCGCACACCGCCCUGCGCCAAUAGAUAAGGUCCAGAAGCUACAAUGCAUGUGUCCAGUAGAUUUCAGAGGGGUGUUCCAGCUGGACGAGAGAAGGAGGGAUGCGGUCAUAGCUCUGGGCAUCUUCCUGGUCGAGUCGGACCUACAGCACAAAGACGCUAUCAUCCCCUACCUGUUGGGGCUGCUGAAGGGACUUCCCAGAGUUCAAUGGAUCGAAGAAAGCUCUGGAAGCAAGGGACUUGAGAUCCUGCCGGUAGCAGAGAACUUCUGCUUCUGUCUGGGCACUCUUCUAUCUGACGUUGCCCAGCGAGAUAACACCUUGCGAGGACAGAUCCUGGAGGCCAUCAUGGACAUAAUGCAGGUCCUGCUGGACAUCUGCCUGGACCCAGAGAGCCAUGAUAAAGAAUACCUGUGCCGGUACACUGUGCCCUGCCUGUUGGGCGUGGCCCGGGCCUUCGGUCGCUAUAGCAACACAGAGGAGCCCCUGCUGUCCAAGCUAUUCCCGCGGGCGGGAGCCCCGCUGCUGUCCGGUGCCGAGGAGGCAGACCCGUCACGACGGCGCUCCUUCAACGACUUCCGCUCCAUCAUGCCGGCCUCGCUGCUCACAGUUUGUCAGGGAGACACCAUCAGGCGCAAAGGAAGUUCCGUGUCCAGCAUAUCACAGCAGGCCAGUCCAGAGCGAGCAGGACUGACCCUCAGCUGCCCAGUUGAUCCCUCUGCACAGUACUUUGAAGGCUCCUAUCUCCCUGAUGGUAGUGCUGUGGACCCAGACUAUUACUUCUCCACCAUCAGUUCUAGUUUCUCUGUGUCUCCUCUGUUCACGGGCAGUGCCCAGGGAGAGUUUGACGUCCCUCUGGACAUUCUGCGCCAGCUCCUCAAUAUGGUUGAGCAGUUUGUCGCUGAAUCCUUUCUGAAAACACUGGAUGACACCUUGCAGGAACUUCUGGAGUUGAACCCAGGUAUGCACCUGCACUACAGGACCUUCAGUGAUCCUCUGUAUGUGACCAUCUUCAAGAUGCUCAGAGACACGCUGUACAACCUGAAAGACCUGCAGACGGGCUAUGUGAAGGAGGUUCAUGACUUUGUCCUGGAGCAGUUCAGUAGUAGCCAGUCAGAGCUGCAGAGGAUCCUACAUGAUGUAGAUCACCUCCACAGUGAGCUGAGUCCUCUGAAGCUACGCUGCCAGGCGAAUGCUGCCUGCGUCGACCUCAUGGUCUGGGCCGUCACUGAGGAGCAGGGAGCUGAGAACCUGUGUACCAAGCUGUCGGAGAAGCUGCAGUCCAAGACGUCCAGUAAAGUUAUCAUCGCUCACAUGCCCCUGCUCAUCUGCUGUCUACAGGGUCUGGGUCGUCUGUGUGAGCGGUUCCCGGUGGUGGCUCACUCUGUCACCAUGUCUCUCAGAGACUUCCUGGUUGUCCCCUCUCCUGUCCUGGUCAAGUUGUACAAGUACCACAGCCAGUACACUACAGGGACAGGUGAGGUCAAGAUCCACGUGACCAAUGAGCACUCCCAGUCUACGUUCAGUGCUCACGCUAAUAAGAAGAGCCAGCCCUCCAUGUACGAACAGCUCCGAGACAUCUCCAUAGACAACAUCUGCAGCUGUCUGAAGGCUGGUCUGACUAUGGACAGUGUUAUAGUGGAGGCUUUCCUAGCCAGCCUGUCCAACCGUCUCUACAUCUCUCAGGAGAAUGACAAAGAGGCCCACUUGAUCCCAGACCACACCAUCAGAGCCCUGGGACACAUCGCGGUGGCUCUGAGGGACACGCCCCGCGUCAUGGAGCCCAUCCUGCAGAUCCUACAGCAGAAGUUCUGCCAGCCGCCGUCACAGCUAGACGUACUCAUUAUAGAUCAGCUGGGAUGCAUGGUCAUCACUGGGAAUCAAUAUAUCUACCAGGAGGUGUGGAACCUGUUCCAGCAGAUCAGUGUGAAGGCCUCCUCAAUGGUCUACUCCACCAAGGACUACAAGGACCACGGAUACAGACACUGUUCCCUGGCGGUGAUCAAUGCGUUAGCAAACAUAGCAGCUAACCUGGCCGCAGAGCAGAUGGUAGAUGAGCUGCUGGUCAACCUACUGGAGCUGUUUGUCCAGCUUGGACUGGAGGGCAAGAGGGCCAGCGAGAGGGCCUCGGACAAGGGCCCCGCACUGAAGGCGUCAAGCAGUGCAGGAAACCUUGGCGUACUGAUUCCUGUUAUUGCCGUGCUGACAAAGCGUCUGCCGCCCAUCAAGGAAGCGAAGCCUCGCCUGCAGAAGCUGUUCAGAGACUUCUGGCUCUACUCUGUGGUGAUGGGCUUCGCUGUUGAGGGAUCAGGUCUGUGGCCAGAGGAGUGGUAUGAGGGAGUGUGUGAGAUCGCCACCAAGUCGCCCCUCCUCACUUUCCCCAGUGGAGAACCUCUACGCUCUGAACUACAGUACAACUCUGCCCUGAAGAACGACACUGUCACCGCAGCGGAGCUGAAUGACCUGAGAAGCACCAUUAUAAACCUGCUAGAUCCUCCUCCUGAGGUGUCUGCUCUCAUCAACAAACUAGACUUCGCCAUGUCGACCUACCUACUGUCUGUCUACAGGCUGGAGUACAUGAGGAUGCUGCGUGCUCUAGACUCUGACCGUUUCCAGGUGAUGUUCCGCUACUUUGAGGACAGAGCCAUCCAGAAGGACAAGUCUGGUAUGAUGCAGUGUGUGAUAGCCGUUGGGGACAAAGUGUUUGAGGUCUUCCUACAGAUGAUGGCUGAGAAGCCGAAGACUAAAGCCCACGAGGAGGAGUUGGAGCGCCACGCUCAGUUCCUAUUGGUCAAUUUCAACCACAUCCACAAGAGGAUCCGUAGGGUGGCCGACAAAUACCUGUCAGGUCUGGCCGAAACGUUCCCCCACCUGCUGUGGAGUGGCCGCGUACUGAAGACGAUGCUGGACAUCCUGCAGACCCUCUCCCUCUCCCUCGGCGCGGACAUCCAUAAGGACCAGCCGUACUACGACAUCCCGGACACCCCCUACAGGAUCACUGUACCAGACACAUACGAGGCCAGAGAGAGCAUAGUGAAGGACUUUGCUGCUCGCUGUGGGGAGAUCCUGAAAGAAGCCAUGAAGUGGGCCCCCUCUGUCACCAAGUCACACCUACAGGAGUACCUGAACAAGCAUCAGAACUGGGUGUCAGGUCUGUCCCAGCACACUGGCCUGGCUAUGGCUACAGAGAGCAUCCUGCACUUCGCUGGCUACAACAGACAGAGCACUACGCUAGGGAUCACUCAGCUGACAGAGAGGCCAGCCUGUGUGAAGAAAGACUACUCCAACUUCAUGGCCUCACUCAACCUGAGGAAUCGCUAUGCUGGAGAGGUGGCAGGUAUGAUUCAUUUCAUUGAGGCGGUGCGUAGCCAGUCAGACCUGUCCACCCUGAUGGUCAAACAGAUGACAGAGGCUCUUGACACUCAGAACCCUGAGGCCUUCACUGAGAACAUGUUCAAACUGGCUGCUCUGCUCAUCAGCACGAAAGAGUGUGAUCCUCAGCUGCUGCACCACCUGUGUUGGUCUCCUCUGAAGAUGUUUACAGAGCACGGCAUGGAGACGGCUAUCGCCUGCUGGGAAUGGCUCCUGGCUGCUCGCACUGGAGUGGAGGUCCCGUUCAUGCGUGAGAUGGCGGGGGCGUGGCAGAUGACAGUGGAGCUGAAGAUGGGCUUGUUCUCUGAUGCUCAGGUGGAGGCUGAUCCCCUAGCAGCCUCAGAGGAGAGUCAGCCUGUCCCCUGUCCCCCCGACGUCACCCCUCACUGCAUUUGGAUAGAGUUUCUGGUUCAGAGGUUUGAGAUAGCUAAAUAUUCCAGUGAAGACCAGGUGGAGAUAUUCGGGAGCCUAUUACAACGCUCGCUCUCCCUCAAUGUAGGCGGGGCCAAGAGCAGCCUCAACCGCCACGUAGCCGCCAUCGGACCUCGCUUUAGGCUCCUAACUCUGGGUCUAGCACUGCUCCAUUCUGACGUAGUCACCAACACCACCAUCAGAAAUGUCCUCCGAGAGAAGAUCUACUCCACCGCCUUCGACUACUUCAGUGCCCCUCCUAAGUUCCCUACUCAGGGGGACAAGCGUCUGCGCGAGGACAUCAGCUUCAUGAUUCGUUUCUACGCCAGCAUCCUGUCGGACAAGAAGUACCUGGCGGCGUGCCAGCUGGUUCCUCCCGACAACCAGGACCCGUCUUUGAACAGUCUGUCUGUGAUGACGGCCCAGGACCCCAGGAGCACCAUGUCUCAUGACUCCAGCUCCCGCUCCCAGCAGAGUGGCCAGAGUGGCUGGAUCAACACCUACCCUCUGUCCUCUGGCAUGUCCACCGCCUCCAAGAAGUCAGGCAUGUCUAAGAAGAGUAACAGAGGGACUCAGCUCCAUAAGUACUACAUGAAGCGUCGGACCCUGCUGCUGGCCUUACUGGCCAGUGAGAUUGAGCGGUUGACUACCUGGUACAACCCUCUGUGCACCCAGGAGUUGGCCAUCGCUACAGAACAGUCCGUGGAGACCAGCAUCGCCAACUGGAGGUCCAAGUACAUCAGCCUCAGUGAGAAACAGUGGAAAGACAACGUCAACCUGGCCUGGAGUAUAGCUCCUUAUCUGGCUAUGCAGCUACCUGCCAGGUUUAAGAACGAUGCGAUCGUGGCUGAGGUGACCCGGCUGGUGAGGCUGGACCCUGGAGCGGUCAGUGACGUACCUGAGGCCGUCAAGUUCCUGGUGACGUGGCACACCAUUGAUGCAGACUCUCCAGAGCUGAGUCAUAUCCUGUGUUGGGCUCCUGCUGACCCUCCCACCGGCCUGUCCUACUUCUCCUCCAUGUACCCUCCGCAUCCCCUCACCGCUCAGUACGGGGUCAAAGUACUACGGUCGUUUCCUCCGGAUGCCAUCCUGUUUUACAUUCCUCAGAUAGUUCAGGCCCUGCGCUAUGACAAGAUGGGCUAUGUGAGAGAGUACAUCCUGUGGGCGGCCCAGAAGUCUCAGCUGUUGGCCCACCAGUUCAUCUGGAACAUGAAGACGAACAUCUACCUGGACGAAGAGGCACACCACAAAGACCCCGACAUCGGGGAUCUGUUGGAGGAGAUGGUUGAGGAGAUAAUAGGUGCUCAGUCUGGUGCAGCUAAAGACUUCUUCCAGAGAGAGUUUGACUUCUUCGACAAAAUCACCAACGUAUCUGCAAUCAUUAAGCCCACCCCAAAGGGAGAUGAGAGGAAGAGGGCCUGUCUCAAGGCUCUGUCUGACAUCAAAGUCCAGCCAGGCUGCUAUCUGCCCAGUAACCCAGAAGCCAUCGUACUAGACAUCGACUACAAGUCUGGAACACCCAUGCAAAGUGCUGCCAAGGCCCCGUACCUAGCUAAGUUCAAGGUGAAGCGUUGUGGGGUCAGUGAGCUGGAGAAGGAGGGUCUGCGUUGUCAGUCAGACUCUCAGGACGGGGAGGACAGCGAAGAAGUAGCUCGCAGGAUCGUCUGGCAAGCUGCCAUCUUUAAAGUGGGCGACGACUGCAGACAGGACAUGCUGGCUCUCCAGAUCAUUGGUCUGUUUAAGAACAUCUUCCAGCUGGUGGGACUGGACCUGUUUGUGUUUCCCUACAGAGUGGUUGCUACUGCCCCCGGGUGUGGUGUGAUCGAGUGUAUCCCUGACUGUAAGUCCCGUGACCAGCUGGGCAGACAGACGGACUUUGGGAUGUACGAUUAUUUCAGGAACCAGUACGGAGAUGAGUCCACUCUGGCCUUUCAGAAGGCGAGGUACAACUUCAUCCGUAGUAUGGCAGCCUACAGCCUGCUGCUCUUUCUGCUGCAAAUCAAAGAUAGACACAACGGGAACAUCAUGCUGGACAGCAAGGGACACCUCAUCCACAUAGACUUUGGCUUCAUGUUUGAGAGUUCUCCUGGUGGUAACCUGGGCUGGGAGCCGGACAUCAAGCUGACUGAUGAGAUGGUGAUGAUCAUGGGAGGCAAGAUGGAAGCCACUCCCUUCAAAUGGUUCAUGGAGAUGUGUGUCAGGGGGUACCUGGCCGUCAGGCCCUACAUGGACGCGGUGGUGUCUCUGGUCACUUUGAUGCUGGACACUGGACUACCAUGCUUCAGAGGACAGACCAUCAAACUGCUCAAGCAGCGGUUCAACCCCAGUAUGAGUGAGAAGGAGGCGGCCGCUUACAUCAUCAAGGUCAUCCAGAGCUGCUUCCUCAGCAGCAGGAGCAAGACCUAUGAUAUGCUGCAGUAUUACCAGAACCAGAUCCCAUACUAAAGACCUGCUGCAGUAUUAUCACAUACUUGGACCUGUCUGAUAUGAGUCCUUAUUCCCUCUAUAUAUGCAGUAACCUCUGCUUUUUAUCCUGUUUGUAAGGUCAGAGGUUGUCCUGUACAAAGUCAUUCUCUUCAGCUAGCUAGCAUCAAGCAUCUUGUGCACUUUAUAGAUCAUUGUAUUUCACCCACCUGAUUGGACCCUGAUCAAGAGUUGUUACACCAGACUGGAGAAUUCACACUAACCUAUCAAUCAACUAACCAACCAAUCAGUCGAUUCCUGCGAAAGGCAAUCACACAACCGGUUACUGAACUCCAAUACAAUCAGCAAAUAUCACGGUCAUAGUACAUAUCACAUAUCAAUCAUAUACUAAUGCUGUGUGUGUGUUUUAGUAGUCAAAAGCGAUAAGAGUAGAUCUUCUCUCGGGGGACAUUUCUAAUGGUGGCGCUAGUGACUAUAUCUGUCUUGAAUCAAUAACAUUGUGUGUGUGUGUGUGUGUGUGUGUGUGUGUGUGUGUGUGGACUUGUUUAACUAUUCUUGUGGGGACCAGUUUUCCCCACAAGCAUAGUAGUCCCCACAAGAAUAGUAAUCAAACAAAUAUUUGACAAACUGGGGACAUUUUGUUAGUCCCCACAAGGUCUAAUGCUAUUUCUAGGGGGGUUAGGAGCUAGGGUUAGUUUUGGGGUUAAGGUUAGGUUUUUGGGUUAAGAGUAGGGCUUAGGGAAAAUAGGAUUUUGAAUGGGACUGAAUUGUGUCCCCACAAGGUUAGCUGUACCACACUCAGUGUGUGUGCGCGUGUAUCAGCUCCAAGGUGGUUGGGUCCAGUUUAGGAUAAACCAAUGUUGUUUGUUUACCUACUAACUCUGCAUGUCUUAAGACCAGACCUUUACUAGUAUUAACAUCUUACAUUGGUUUAGUUAGCUGUCUUAAACGUGUGUGAUUUCUAUUUGGAGACAUUCCUCUUUCUGUACAAAAAGAUUUUCACCUUCGACCCUCUACUUGAAUCUCCAGGAUUUGGGUUUAGUAUUAUGAUGAUGGUAGUGAUGAUAAUGAUAACUAUGAAGACCCAAAAAGCCAUUUCUCUAAUCCUUGGCACAAACAGAAGUGUAAUUACAUAACUACUCUCCUCUGACGUUAUGCAAGAUGUUACCGUCUUAAUGUGUGUCAACAUAUGAGAUUGCUGUCAUUAUCCCUUCAAAAACCCUGCUGUCGUGCUGUACUAAAUGUUCUGUCUUUAUGAAGAUGUUUUACUUGAUAGUCUGUAAAGAUAAUGAAUCUUACAUCUGUUUAUCAUUUUAGAUUAGAAUGGUAUGUAUUAUAUUUGUUCUGAAUGGAUAUGUUAUAAUUCACUUAAGGGUAUUUUACUUGGAUGUAUAAGAUGAAAUAACCUAUGUAUGUAUUACAGAUUUGUAAUAUGAAGGAAAUUACAGAGGGCUGUAUGUUUGUAAUAACUAACAAGACAUGCAUUUCAGACCAAUAAGAGCUGUUACAUUAUUAACCCCUAGUUGUACAAGCCUGAGUCCAUUGCUGUAGUCUUUUAAUUGGACUAUUGUCGUUUGAUUUAAUGUCUGUUUUCUACUGUCCUCUGUCAGCCACUGUCUGCACCUUUUUUGUGGUUUCCGGUCUAAGUUCUACCAUAGCAAUCUCUCUCUCUGUGUGUGUGCACGUUUCUAGAAUCUUAGUAGAGAGCACAUUACACCCCCCCCCCCCCCCCCCCCCCCAAUGUAUAAUUGUGAUUGAGUGCUGAAACAUAAACCCCAGUUGCAGCUACAAACACUUGAUGUCUGUGUCAUUUGAUCUACUUCUGCGGUUUUGAAACGUUAUCAUUAAGACCUGGGUAUGAGAUUAUCCUUGCCAGAACAGGUGCUACUCUACUGCACUUAAACAUUUUGCACUUGUCCAAAACCACUGUCCAAAAGAGAAACAACGAUGAGGAUUUUCAGGCAGCGGCGACUCUGUUUCCAAGCAUUUGCUCCCACCCCCUGCCAACUGGCCUAUGUAACCUUUUUUUUAAUUGAUGACUUUAAACAUCAUUUCGUGGUGAGCUGGGCUGAAGGGGGGAAAAAGCCCAGUAGUAUUAAAAUAGGUCCUCAGAUGCUCCAGCGCUUACCGUUUUAGAUUAUUGGUUACCAAGGCCUACUGUGCCUUCCUGCCCCAUGCGGCUCUAAAUCAGGCCUUUCUGCCCCACGUGCUGAUCUGUGGGGGGGUAAGGUGGGUGAAUUAGAUUAAACGGCAUGUAGUCUCGAAGAAUCAGUUGGUUGAUCUCAGAUCCACCAGAUUACUGCCUGCCACAAGCAUCUUAGGUGGCCAGUAAUAAACUAAAACUAAGAGCAUUGUAUUUGGUACAAAUAAUUCCCUAAAUUCUAGACCUCAGCUGAAUCUGGUAAUGAAUGGUGUGGCUGUUGAACAAGUUGAGGAGACUAACUUGGUGUUACCUUAGAUUGUAAACUGUCAUGGUCAAAACAUAUAGAUUCAAUGGUUGUAAAGAUGGGGAGAGGUCUGUCUAAUAAAGAGAUGCUCUGCUCCACAAA